AUGCUGAUGAUGCUGCUGCCGAACCCAUCGCGACGUCGCGGUGCCACCCGUCCGAGUGCCGGGUUGCGCGCGCCCGACCAGUCAGAUCGGCGGGCACUGUGCGCGAGAUAUGACCGGGCUCGACGUCUGCCUCUCCCUCACUUCCAAGCAGGCAGACGGCGUUGCACCGGGGAAGCGAACCCCCUGACGUCGCUGCCGGACGCUGCCUCGCGGUGCCGCCGCGCCGCUAAAGGGGGCCACGAGACAGCGACAAGAAACAGCCAAGCCGCCAUGCUCAACGCCAAGUGCUUGUUCGUCGCGCCCAGUGAAGCCCGGGCAGCGGCUGAAAUACAGAGAAUAGUCUUGGUAUUUGCUCGGCAAUGUUCCGAGUCCUCGUCGGCCGCAUGA